AUGGUCGGUGAUGAUUUAAAGGAAGAGGUAAAAAAACUUGUUCACACAGCAAUAGAUCUUAAAUUCACUAUUUUUAAUGAAAAUGUUUUCUAUCAAGUUGCUCGAUUAAAGGAACGAAGUGAUUUAAAUACUCAACAAAAAAUUACAAGUGUGUUUUCGUUAUUGGUUCCAGAAGUCAAAAAAAUAACUGACCAAAGACCACGCGUUGCUGAUUAUUAUAAAACAGAAACAAGCGUGAGUAUUCUCGAAAGCAUUAGUACUGAUGAAAUAAUAAUCUUAAAGAAGAAAUUAAAAGCCUUCGCACUAGAUGCUUUUGCUGAAUUACCAAAAAAGAAUUUACCGGGAUUUGGUAUCAGACCUAUUUUUUUAAAAGAACCAUUUAAACUAGUAUUAGAUUUAAUUGAUACUAUUUUUGAACCAGAGUCGAUUAAAAAUGCUUUCGAUAUUUUUAAAAAUGUUGUUGAAUCAACCAAUGGUAAUUAUGGCUUGGAAUUUUUACUAGAAAAAGCCCUAGAAGGGGAAAAGUCUAGACUUAAAGAAUUAUUAAUUAGGCUUACUAACCAUUUCAAUAAGUUAGUGGUUGGAAUUCCAAACAAACAAAUUUCUCCUACUGAAACUGAAACAGUACUAAAUAGAAUAGGAACAUAUAUUCAACAAGUAUUACCAAGUACCCCUCCUCCUGAAUCGCCCGAAAAUCCUAAUCCUAUGAGUUUAUUAUCCUUAUUUAAAAAACAUUUAGAAAGCGAAGAGAUGAAAAAGAAGUUUCUAAGUGAUAAAGUUGAGGUUAUUACCAAGCAUUUUAGCCCAAGUAAAAAAGAAAAAACCGGUUCAAUCCCAAAAUCUCGGCUUACUCACUUCAAAGGAACGGUGAUUGCUCAAAAAAAUAAAGGGCAAAUUAGUCAUACUUUUUCUGUACUAAGAGAUAGCAAAGGGAGUGAUAAAUUAGCAAUUAGGAAUAGUCAAAAGUGGGUUGAUCCAAACUUAACCGGGGUUCGCCAAAAAUUACAAGCCUCCUACCAGGGAAAAAUUAGAUUUCAAAGUCUAACUACCGAGCAAAUUGUUAAAGAAAGAUUCGAUAAAGUUGAUAAAGUUGAGAUAGUUAAAUUAGAAGGAUUAGCGCAACGAGAAGUUGCAAAAAAGAUAUUUGAUUAUGUUGAAAAUUCCAAAGAAAAAUGA